AUGGUGCGGUUGCUGCUAUCGGGCAAGAGUUCGGAAAAGGGCAUCUCAACAUUUCAGGCCUUGGCGGUAUCGCUGUCAGGUCGCGUGGGUACGGGCAACAUCGCCGGUGUCGCCGCUGCCAUUGGCUUUGGUGGACCAGGUGCGGUGUUUUGGAUGUGGGUAGUCGCCUUUCUUGGCGCCGCUACCGCGUAUGUUGAAGCGACCCUUGGGCAGAUAUACAAAGAGGAAAUCGAUGGACAGUAUCGCGGUGGGCCUGCUUUUUAUAUUGAGAAAGCGAUGGGUCAAAAAUGGUACGCCUGGCUUUUUGCCUUGGUUACGAUUUUUUCCUGUGGAUUGCUGUUUCCCGGAGUUCAAUCCAAUAGCAUCGGCCAUGCUGCCGAAGUAGCUUUCGGCUCCGGGCCGAUACUUGACACGGUACUCGGUCCGCUGAGCACGACAAAGACAAUCACCGGUGCCGUGAUCGUGGCAGUGCUCGGCUUCAUUAUUUUCGGUGGGGUAAAACGGAUCGCGGGUUUUACCCAGGUGGUUGUUCCCUUUAUGGCUUUGGCUUAUGUGCUCAUCGCUCUGGUCGUGGUUGGCAUUAACAUCGGUCGACUGCCCGACGUGAUUGGUUUGAUUCUGGGGGAUGCAUUAUCACCAAUGGCUGGCGUGGGAGCGGCAAUUGGCUGGGGCGUUAAGCGUGGGGUGUACUCCAACGAAGCCGGUCAGGGUAGCGGUCCGCAUGCUGCGGCGGCGGCAGAGGUUGACCACCCGGCCCAGCAAGGUCUGGUGCAGGCCUUUUCGGUUUACAUCGACACGCUGUUCGUUUGUUCGGCCACAGCGUUCAUGAUCCUGAUCACCGAUUCCUACAAUGUCCACGGCGCUGGUACCACGUUCGUGGUUCAGAACUUAACAGCAGACGUGGUGGCAAAUAGCCCCGCGUUUACACAGAUAGCGGUGGAGGGGGCAUGGGCCGGGGUAGGUAAGCCGUUUGUGGCGGUAGCUCUAUUUUUCUUUGCUUUUACUACGCUACUUUCUUACUACUAUAACGCCGAAACAAACGUGGCCUAUAUUCGCCGUAGCAUGCCAGUGCCCGGAAUGAUGCUGGGACUGAAGAUUGUACUUAUGGCUUCUACAUUCUAUGGCACCGUGCGCACGGCUGAUAUGGCUUGGGCACUGGGCGACAUUGGCCUGGGGAUGAUGGCCUGGAUGAACAUCGUUGGCAUUAUCAUUAUCUAUUUCAUGGCCAAACCGGCGAUCAAAGCACUGCACGAUUAUCAAUCCCAGCGCAAGGCAGGGGUCGCCCGUUAUCGCUUCGAUCCGGAACAACUGGGCAUCAAGAAUGCCGAUUUCUGGGCCGAAAGGUCACGGCACGAAGGCCGCUAG